AUGGAGCCAUGGAACCCCGACUGGCUUCUGAACACGACUGGCCCCAAGACUAUCGCAUGUUAUGGCCAAGGCAUGUUCAUUGCGCAGUCCCUGGAAGAGACCUGCUGGAAUUUGAACGUCAACUCUCUGGCACAUAUUGGCAAGCUCAAGCUUUCAGCAUGCUAG